AUGCCAUCUGUUGUCGAAUCGCCAUAUGAACCCCAGUUUCCCAUCCCGCAAGCAAAAUUGGAAAGGGGAGCUAGUAAAACUGCGGGACAAUCACCCAACGUCGAUAUCAUCGACAUCCGGCAAGCUGCCGUUGAGAUAAAUCUCAAGGAAGAAAUCCACAAACAACUCCGCCCUCAGGAAGGUCCACGGAAACUGCCGACCCUGUUAGUCUAUGAUGAGAAGGGCCUACAGUUGUUCGAAGAGAUUACUUAUCUGGAAGAGUACUAUUUGACAAACUAUGAGAUUCAAGUCCUACGGCGUUCGGCUGCUUCCAUUGCUAAGGCAAUCCCGUCUGGAUCCCUGGUGCUCGAGUUGGGCAGCGGUAACUUAAGGAAGGUGUCUCUUCUACUUCAAGCCCUUGACGACGCCGGAAAAAGGAUCGACUAUUAUGCUCUUGAUUUGUCAAAAGAUGAGUUGUCGAGGACUCUGGCUCAGGUUCCAAACUUCCGUCACGUCCAAUGUCACGGACUAUUGGGAACAUACGAUGAUGGCCGUGAAUGGUUAAAGAAUCCGCAGAUCUCUGACCGACGCAAGUGUGUCCUGUCCCUCGGGUCUAGUAUUGGUAACUUCCACCGGGACGAGGCCGCCUCGUUCUUGAAAAGGUUCGCCGAUGUUCUCCAGCCAGCGGAUAGCUUCCUGAUUGGAUUGGAUUCCUGCACAGAUCCAUCCAAGGUCUAUCACGCAUACAACGACAGACACGGUAUCACACACAGGUUCAUCCUUAAUGGACUCCUCCAUGCAAAUCAAAUCCUCGGACAUAAGGAAUUCAACCUAGACGACUGGCAAGUUAUCGGCGAAUACGUCUACGAUAACGAAGGAGGGCGCCACCAAGCCUUCUAUUCCCCAAUCCGUGAUACUGUCGUACUGGGAGAAACCAUCAAAGCUCAGGAGCGUGUCCAAGUCGAACAGAGCCUGAAAUACUCGAAAGAAGGCUGCAGUAAUUUGUGGAGAUCGGCGGGCAUGAUCGAAGCUGACCGUUGGAUGACCGCAGAUGAAGAUUACGGACUUCAUCUUCUAACCAAGCCGAACAUGUCUUUCAGUCCAAACCCUUCCGUCUACGUUCGUUCUCAUAUCCCCUCUCUGACUGACUUCGAGAGUCUAUGGGCAACAUGGGAUAUCGUCACGAGACGAAUGCUUCCAAGCGAGGAGCUACUAGACAAGCCGAUCAAGCUUCGGAAUGUCUGCCUUUUCUACCUUGGUCACAUUCCUACAUUCCUUGACAUCCAAUUAACAAAGACUACCAAGAACCCCCCUACAGAACCAGCUUUCUACUCCUCCAUCUUUGAGAGAGGGAUAGACCCGGACGUUGACAAUCCUGAGCAUUGUCAUAAGCAUUCGGAAAUUCCGGAAGAAUGGCCUUCCGUCGAGGACGUAAUAGAAUACCAGGGACGUGUGAGGAACAGGCUAAAAAGCAUCUACUCCAUAGGUUUGGACAACGUCCCUAGAAAUAUCGGAAGAGCCAUCUGGGUUGGCUUCGAACAUGAAAUCAUGCACCUAGAGACUUUGCUAUAUAUGAUGUUGCAAAGUGAUAAGACUCUUCCACCACCCCAUACCAAGCGCCCAAAUUUUGAAGCCCUAGCUCAAGGGGCGUAUGCUGCAAGGGUUGAAAAUGAAUGGUUCAACAUACCUGAGCAGGAGAUCACAAUAGGUCUCGACGACCCAGAAGAUGUGUUAGACUCCACUAAACACUUUGGAUGGGAUAACGAAAAACCGCCUAGGCGCGUACAGGUUCAUGGCUUCCAGGCUAAGGGGAGGCCUAUCACGAACGAGGAGUACGCGUUAUAUAUGUACAAUACGAAGACAACAACACCACCUGCUUCUUGGGCUGAGCAACCUAAUCAUACUAAUAGCUCAAAUGGCCAAACGAAUGGUGGCUCCGGAGAAGUAGACGACAAACAAGCUAUUCCACCAGCAUUCCUAGAAGGCAAGGCUGUGCGUACCGUCUACGGAUUGGUGCCGCUGAAACAUGCGCUUGAUUGGCCAGUAUUCGCUUCUUAUGAUGAACUUUCUGGGUGUGCUGCUUGGCUAGGUGGCCGGAUUCCCACGUUCGAAGAAGCUCGGAGUAUCUACUCAUACGUUGACAACCAGAAGAGAAAGGAAGUAGAGCGAAAGUUAGGCAAAACCGUUCCAGCAGUCAACGCUCACCUAGUUAACGAUGGCGUUGAGGAAACCCCACCGUUAGAACCCCCACGUGACGUCAAUGGCGGUUCGUCUGGAAACGACGAGUUAUUCAUUGACCUCACCGAUGCCAAUGUCGGUUUCCGUCAUUGGCACCCUGUUGCCGUGACUUCUCACGGCAACCGCCUAGCCGGCCAGGCCGAGAUGGGAGGCGUGUGGGAAUGGACCAGCUCCCCGCUUAGACCGCAUGAAGGUUUCCAGCCCAUGGCCUUGUACCCGGCAUACACCGUCGACUUCUUCGAUGAAAAGCACAAUAUUGUCCUCGGUGGUUCCUGGUCCACUCACCCCCGUAUUGCGGGAAGGAAGACUUUCGUCAAUUGGUAUCAACGAAACUACCUAUACGCCUGGGUCGGCGCGAGGCUCGUUCGCGAUCUAUAG